AACAUGUCUGAUGCUGAGGAUGAAGUGCUUGAGGAAGAGGAGCAGGAAACAGAGGAACCACAGUCGGGGGCCAAUCCAGAUGUGACACUGGAUCCUGACGACAAUGAGGAGGAAGAAAAGGAUAAAGAGGAAGAGGGGGCAGAGGAGCCAGAACCAGAGGAGGAGGUGAGAAGAAGGGUUAUUUUGGAAAAUGAUAAGUGCAUAGCUUUAUAAAAGCAAUGCACUACGUAGAGCAAACAAGGAGAUCUUAGUGAUUUUCUCACCUCUCUAUUAAGCCCUUAAGGACACAUGACAUGUGUGACAUGUCAUGAUUCCCUUUUAUUCCAGAAGUUUGGUCCUUAAGGGCUUAAAAUAUAUAGCUGCAGCUACUGAACACAAUAACUCCUUGAGUGACCAGAGUAAAUUAGAACAUUAUGGUCUUGUUAUAACUUAAGAUAGAUUUAUAUCCAUGCAAGAGUCUUAUUGAACCAUAGUACACCCAGAUCUUCAUGUCAGAGAUUUCCUCAACCUUAUUUCAUAGUAUCUAGAUGCCAAUGCCUUAAUAAACCAUUAUCUGCAUGCCUGGGUCUUUACUACUUCCCACGUCACCAUACUUUUGUAUGCUAAAACUUCUUGAAGUGUAGAACACCCUUUACAUGCACUUCAAGAACUUAAACUUGCUACACUCUUAUGCGUGGGUCACUGUUGAACCUUAGUACAUAAUUAUUUCCGCCCUGAGCCUUGAUGAAGCUUUGUGCAUGCUCAUCGCCUUGUCAAGACAUGCUUGUCUCCAUGCUAGAGCUUUCCUUAACCUAAGUACAUAUGUUAUCUCUAUACCAGAGGCUCAGGCUGAACCUACACCCCCAUAUUACCAAACUUACCCUAGUCAAUUUAUAACUCCAAUCAGAACCUUGUUGUAUGUAAGGAUACCCCAUACUAAUAUUGCCAGAAACUGGUGAACCUUGGUAACCCCAUAUUUCCAAAUCUCCCAGCCAGGAAAUGUGUUCCUCCAUACUAGAGGUACAUUCUCAGUGUUUAACAUUUUAUUGGGGGUACAUAUAAAUAAAUCCAUGUUUGAUUAGGUUAUGGGGUGUUUAUUGCAGUUUAGUGUUUUGUGUUUGACUUGAUGUCACUAUUUACUUUUGUUUUGGACAUAGCUCCCACACGUUCCCAUCACAGAGGAAAUGCUGAAGGAAGGGUUGUCACUACUCUGUAAGACAGGAAAUGGAUUGGCUCAUGCCUUCGUCAAACUGGAAAUUAAAGAAAAGUAAGUAUCAGUAAAAGCAUCUGAGGGUCAUCCAUAACAGGCUAGCCCCUUGCCAUUAGAAUUACAUUCCAUAUCUCACUCACCUAUAGCUCACUCACUCUGUACUUUACUUGAACACUACAUCUGCUUUACUCACCCUGUACUUUACUUAAACUCUACACCUGCUUUACACACUCUGUACUUUACUUAAACUCUAAUCCUUAUUUUAUAUCUUAUUCUCAAUUAUUUAUAUAUGUUAAAUAGAGGAUCUCUUACUAACUAUAUAAAAUUAUGGCUAAGAUAUCUGUAUGGUUAGCCCUACUAAGUUCUAUGCUUUAAGACAUUAUAGUGGUAAAUAAGGGAACCACUCACGGUUACAACCCUGUACUUUACUUAAACUCUACACCUGUUUUACACACCACACUCUGUACCUUAGUUAAACUCUACACAUGAUGUACCCACUCUGUGCCAUGCCUUAGUUAAUCUCUACACCUGCUUUACACACUCUGUACCUUAGUUAAACUCUAUACCUGCUUUACACACUCUGUACCAUAGUUAAACUCUACACAUGAUUUACCCACUCUGUGCCUUAGUUAAACUCUAUACCUGAUUUACCCACUCUGCGCCUUAGUUAAACUCUAUACCUGCUUUACACACUCUGUACCUUAGUUAAACUCUACACCUGCUUUACCCACCUCUGUGCCUUAGUUAAUCUCUACACCUGCUUUACCCACUCUGUGCCUUAGUUAAGUGUUCUUGCAUAGCAAGACCACUUAAUGUUAUCUCACAUAUAUAUAUAUUAUUAUUAUUAAGUGUUCUUCCAUAGCAAGCCCACUUAAUAUUAUCUCACAUAUAUAUAAUUCUUAUUAUAGCCAAAUUUACCACACUAACUCCUCCCACAGUUUUUACACUACAUAGACCGUAAUAUACCGAAAUGUGCGGAUUGUUCCCGAUUGGUGUGCUCUUACAUUGUGAAACAUUUCGCUGAAUGGUUCACGGAAUAUCGUCGUUCUUGUGGCGAAAUUGGUCCCAUAGUAAUGAAUGGCAAAAUGUUCAAAACUAGAGUGGGAGCUGGCAAAAGCUGAAAAAUCAGGACAUGAUUUCUAAACUGCCACCACUCCCUCAUUUUCAAGCCCACCUACACAAAUCUUAUAUCAAAACGUUCAGCUAUCCCUGCUGCCACUAAAAAUGUCCACGGCUAAGCCAUAGUCCUGAUCGUUUUCACAAUAUGACCAUUUGUUUGCAACUCACGCUGUCCAUUGACAUUCAUUGAAACUCCACUCUAGCCAGCUAAAAUUUGAAGGGCAAUUUCUAAACUGUGACUGUGCCCUCAUUUUGAAUAUUUCAGAGACAUACUAUGCAUCAAAAUGUAGGUCUGGGUCUUGUGAUUCUCACAAUAUAAAGCGCUUUGCUGUAGGAUGUAUAGUUUUUAAAACCGUUUGAACAUGGCAACUGCCAAAAUACUCUGACCUGUGCCAGGCUGGAGCAGCAAGUGAUGUCAUAGACAGUGCCUUUUGUACACCUGCUAAGGUUUUUAUAAAUGUAUGUUUUAACCUCUUCAGGACCGUCAUCGGCAUUUUUCCAUUGCCGACCGGUGACAGUCCUGAACCGUCCUAAUGGUCCAAUGUACUUACCCGAUCGCCGUCGUUCCCCCGGCGGUGAUCGGUGUUGCUCCCGUUGUGGGGAGACUGCCUGCAGCCCAGACAGUCUCCCCACGGCAGAUUAGGAUCCCUGUGGCCAUGUGAUCGCUCAACAGAGCGAUCACAUGGUCACAAUGUGUCUGCCUGCAGGGGGACUGCCUGUGCUGACAGGCAGUCUUCCUGCAUGUGUAAAAUCAUUAAAAGAAAUAACUGUUAAUGUUAAUAAAAAAAUUCUAAUUAUAUAUGUGUAUAUAAAUAUGAUAGAUAGACAUUUAGUAUAUCUAUAUAAUAUAUAUAUAUAUAUACAUAUACACAGUCAGGUCCAUAAAUAUUGGGACAUCGACACAAUUCUAAUCUUUUCGGCUCUAUACACCACCACAAUGGAUUUGAAAUGAAAUGAACAAGAUGUGCUUAAAGUGCAGACUUUCAGCUUUAUUUUGAGGGUAUUUACAUCCAAAUCAGGUGAACGGUGUAGGAAUUACAACAGUUUGUAUAUGUGCCUCCCACUUUUUAAGGGACAUCUAUAAACCUUAGUUCAUCUAUAAACCUGCUUUACCCACUGUGUGCCUUAGUUAAUCUCUAUACCUGCUUUACACACUCUGUACCUUAGUUAAACAUUACACCUGCUUUACACACUCUGUACAUUGUAAACAUGCUUUUUCUCUGGACAUUAGUUUCAUACACCCUGCAACUUAUGUAAACACGCUGCAUUUGACCUACUCAGACAUUUUACCUUUUUACACUUAAAAUUAAAAAUUUUACACUUUCAACCUUAUUUAAAUACUCUUCAUUUUACAUUCCCUCUGCACUUUACUUACACACGCUAAAUAAUUAAUUCCUUUUUCAUAUAAUUGUAGCGCUCAUACACGCACAUUUUUUAUAUGACCUAUUUCUAAGUCGCUGGAUGAUGUUGUGAAGCUGCCCAUGGUUUAUUUUUACCUUAUUCUAUAUGUUAUUACCUACCGGUACUUGUUUCGAUUAGUGUCACACUACUUACACAUUGUACACCUUAUCUGCAUGCAGACUGCACCUUAUACUAUGAGCCUUAUUUACACAUUCUGUACCUUUUUUCUGCACUUUACCACACUCUUCAUCUCACUUUCACUCUUCACCUCACUUAGACACACACUCUCUCUACCUUAUUGACACACACAGCACCUUAUUUGCAGACAGUGUGCACCUUAUUAAACUUACUUACAAGUAUGUUACACCUUAUUAUCUUCCACAUACCACAGAGUCCUGCAACCAUUAUAUUAUCUCCAUACAUCACUUGCUCUGCCGUUGUGUUGUACACAAAUUGCAGACACUUGCCCUACAGUCUAGAAUCACCAAUAUCUAUGUAUAUGCUGCUGAUAGUGCCCCCAGUCCACUACAUAAUCGUGUCAUGCAGCCAGUCUUUCUAAUAUUGCAGUAUAUCACUGCCAUUUCCAUGGUGGUGUAUCCAAGUUGUGCCCUGGAUUCUAUGCUUCUAAUAUAUCAGUGUAUAUAUGGCAGUGUCCCUGGAUAGUUCUCUCAACUACUGCUCAGGACUGCAGAGUAACCCUUGUUACUGUUCUCAUUAUUGCCUCUAACAUAUGGUCUAGCCAAUCAAUAUCUUCUGUUUUGCAUUACAGAGAGCUGACUGACAUCUCGCCUGUACAAUCCUUUAUUCACCUACGAUAUGUGGAUUUUUCCCAGAAUGCUCUACGGGACAUCUCCCCCGUAGCGGCUCUUACUCACCUUUUAAGUCUGCGGUUGGAUCAAAAUCAACUUCUCAAUGUGGCAGGGUUGGGAGAGCUUCCUUACCUGCAAAUUGCCAGCCUGGCACAGAAUCGCAUUCAAACAUUGCAAGGACUGGCACUGCCACGCCUGGAAUCACUCAACUUAAUAGGUUAGUAUUGGUCUCAACUGGAUCUGCGUUUAUAUAUACAGUAUAUACAUGUGUGUGUAUAAACUUGGAGAUGAUAUUAUGCUUCACUGUUAUGUAUCUUUUAUAUUACACAAUAUUUUAGGUUAGGGUUAGUGUUAAAGGGACACUAAAGUCACCCAGACCACUUCAGCUCAAUUAAGUGGUCUGGGUGCCAGGUUCCUCAGGUUUUAACCCUUCACAUGUAAACAUAACAGUUUCAGAGAAACUGCUAUGUUUACAUUUGGGGUUAAUCCAGCCUCUAGUGGCUGUCUUCCGGACAGCCACUAGAGGCGCAUCUGCGACGCUUGAGGCGAAUUGAGAAAUGCUUUCCUAUGGACACUUUGAAUGCGCGCGCGGCACUUGCCGCCCAUGUGCAUUUGGCUUCAGUGACGUCGGACGGGGAGGAGAGGUCACCACCGCCUGGCGCUGCAUUAAGGUAAGCUGCUGAAGGGGUUUUAACUGCUUUGUUUUCCUGACACUAUAGUGAUCCUUUAAGGUAGUGUAGAGGUUAAUGUUAAGGUACAGUAGGGGUUAAACUGUAGUGCCCUAUUGGACACUAUAGGUUUCUGGCCCCCAAAUGCAGGGUGUUAAAAAGGCAAAUUUACUUAUGUUUUCUACCUCGCUGCGCCAGUUUCUGUGUCUGGCACGGCCUCCUUGGUGAGAUCAUCAAAAUCAAUGAUCGUAAAUGCUUUCCCAGAGGAAAUCAUUGGGAGGCUAGUGGCCAUGCGCUCCAAAACACUGAAAAUCAGAUGGUCUGGUGGUUUUGUAGAACAACAAUGUUUCUAGCUGCAGGGUGAGGGAGAGGGGAUGUUCAAUAUAUAUGUCCUAGUGCUACUUGAGAUUAGCAUAAAUUGCGGUCCAUGAUGGUAGCUGAUGUCAGGUAUCACUGAAAGUGCAAAACUCACUAACCUUGGCAAGACAGACUUGUACUUUAGAUAAACUCAAACAACCUUCAUGCAUUAGUACAUAUUUCAGACCCAAGUUUUUCUCACUCUGUGUAGGGAAUGAGUUGCGUACUGUAGACAGCCUGGACUGCAGUAAGCUCUGCAGCUUACACACAUUGGAACUGCGAGGGAAUCAACUGCAGAGCACAGCUGGACUGAACCUACCCAACUUACGGGAGCUCUAUCUGGUGAGGGCACGAAUGUAGUGCGAGGGAGAAUUUAGCCAUGUUGGCUAUUCUGGUUUAAAACUCAUAAUUGGUCAUUCCUGGUGUAGAGAAUUACCUUGUAUGUGUGAAUGAAUUCUGUAUAGAAAUCUGGAGUGAACAAACCCUUUAUGCAUUCAGAAUGUGGGUUUGUGUGAAUUAAUGCUGCAUGGGGGGUAUGAUUGAAAGAUGUGCGUUAAGAGUGUAUGUGCGUGGAUGUGUGAAUGAGGAAGAUGUGUGGAUGGGAAUCAGGAUUGCAUGUGUGAAUGAAUGUAAUAUGGGGAUUGGGACAUUUUUAAUGCAAUGUAUGCAUUGGAAAUAUGUUUCUAAUAUAACAAAACAGGUCACUGGCUCAGGCAAGAAACAACAGAACACUUAGCUACACGGCAGACUUAAAGUGAAGGAGUCCUUUAACCCCUUAAGGACACAUGACGUGUGACAUGUCAGGAUUCCCUUUUAUUCCAGAAGUUUGGUCCUUAAGGGGUUAAUUAAAGAAGCUGGUUCUCUAGCUGUAAUCCAACCCCAGGAUAUAGUACUGAAGCCAUGUAGCAGCUGGCUGGAGCAGAGUUAUGUGAUGCAUUGCUACUUGGAUGUAUUGAAAACAACUCAUGUUUUCAUUUUUGUUAAAAAUAUACAUUAUUUCAAUAUGUUUAGACAGCAUAUUAGCUUAGCAAAUUUCAGAGACAGAGUGUGUUGACACACGUUUUUAACACCUAAAUCAUCUAACACCUUUCAAUCUGGGUUCUGCUUAAUCAUAUGGAUAUGGAAAUUGGCUGUGGGUGUGUGACUAAGGCUUUGUGUGAAGUUCAGCAUUUGUGUAUGGAAAAAAAGGCUCUGUGUAUGAAGGCUGUGUGUGCGUUAUUAAAAACUUAGUGUGUAUGUGUAUGAAUGCAGGGCAUAUUUGUGUGAAUGAAAAGUUUCUGAGUGUGCAUGAAUGAUAAACUGUGUGUGUGUAGGAAUGAAGCUUAUACACAAUGUAUAUUUGAUUGUAUGAAGGUUGUUAGUGUGUUUGCUUGAUGAGGAUCGUUGUCUUCCAGGCUCAAAAUAAUAUUAAAAGUUUGGAGGGUCUGGAGUAUCUUGUACAUCUAACCAGCCUCCACCUUCGAGACAACCAGCUUGAGAUUCUGGAUGGGUUCUCAGAGAAGAUGCAGGCCUUACAGUACCUUAAUAUCCGGUAAGUGAUUAAAUCUUAAUAGCUACACGUUAUUUGCUUACGAUGGUAGUCUGUGUAAGAGCUGGUGUAGCACAGAAAUUGCCUGGUAAUAGGGCCACAAAUGUGUAUGUAUUAAUCAAGAAAAGUGUGGUGAUACCUUGUAUUAUUAUGAGGCAUAGCUUCAGGUCAUAUCAAGUCUGGGAUGGAGUGAUGUAGGCAAUGCAAAUAUAACAACCUUUCAUGGUGGAUGUGGAAGAAGGCAGAGUGGGAGAGAAGACAUGAGACGCUUGCUGGGAUCUGGACAGCAGGUGUGAAUGGAUGAGUAACAUAGCUUGCACAAACACCUGAGGAUGAAUGGGGGAAAAAAGAAUUAUCAAAAACAUUGCAGACAAUACACAAGACUAAAGUAUUUAGUGAUACAACUUACACCAAUAUGAGUACAUAAAUCAUAACAGAUAAUAGAGCUGGUCAAAUAUGGCCUCGUAAGUCAGCAAAAACAAGCUCUGUUCAAUUUUUUUAAAUUAAUAGAUCAUAUGAUAUACGUUUAUAUUCCAACAGGGUAACUCACCAAAAGUUUAAGACCAAAAUAGCCAAAUUGAAAAUAGAUAAUUUUUUUCUGAUUCAGCUAUUUUGCCCUAAAAUAUGAAAAUCUAAAUAAACCUGUUAGUGUGUUUAGCCAUGCCAUGCGUUUCUUCAUGCUCAAGUACCAUUUUCAUCUAAUUUGCUUCUGUAUAUUAUCUUUGAAAUAAAUGAACUUUUCACUAAAAUGGAGAUCUUGAGAAAUUACAAUUAUCAUGGUUCACUAAACCUGAACUGUGAACUGAAAUAGGAAUUCAAAAUUUUAGGUAAAAAAUAGCGAAACCGGGAAACUGUCCAACUCCGCAAUUUAUUGAGCUCUCUAAUGUAUGUUUCGCUGCGUCUUUCUUUAUUCACUCUAACUCUCUCCACCUUCAGGGGUAACUUGGUUAGCAACCUGCUAGAGAUCCCCAAGCUGCAGUGUCUCCCGAUGCUGCGGGCACUCGUAUUACGUGAGAAUCCAUGUGAUGAAGAAGAGGGCUAUCGUAUGGAGGUCCUCAUUGCGCUGCCUAACCUGCAGCGGCUUGAUAAGGAAUUCUUUGAGGAGGAGGAGAGGAUGGAGGCAGCAGAAACAUUGAAAACAAGACUGGAGGAGAAGGUAAUGAACAGGCAAAUUCAUGGGGCUGUUUAACUGUUGUACAGUGCUGUGGAAUAUGUUGGCUUAAAGGAACACUAUAGUCACCUAAAUUACUUUAGCUAAAUAAAGCAGUUUUAGUGUAUAGAUCAUUCCCCUGCAAUUUCACUGCUCAAUUCACUGUCAUUUAGCCACACCUCCCAUGAUUGACAGAGCCUGCAUGAAACAAAAAACUGGUUUCACUUUCAAACAGAUGUAAUUUACCUUAAAUAAUUGUAUCUCAAUCUCUAAAUUGAACUUUAAUCACAUACAGGAGGCUCUUGCAGGGUCUAGCAAGCUAUUAACAUAGCAGGGGAUAAGAAAAUCUUAAUUAAACAGAACUUGCAAUAAAGAAAGCCUAAAUAGGGCUCUCUUUACAGGAAGUGUUUAUGUAAGGCUGUGCAAGUCACAUGCAGGGAGGUGUGACUAGGGUUCAUAAACAAAGGGAUUUAACUCCUAAAUGGCAGAGGAUUGAGCAGUGAGGCUGCAGGGGCAUGUUCUAAACACCAAAACUGCUUCAUUACGUUAAAGUUGUUCAGGUGACUAUAGUGUCCCUUUAAUAUAAACCAGCUGCAAUUAUGUGCAUGUAAAUUAGUAGGUUAUUCUUAUGUAUAUAUAACAUUUGAGAUGAACAUUAAAACCGCAGUAGAAAGAGACAGACUGGCUGAUUGAGAGUAUAAAUGUGUAAAAAGGUUCAGCUGCAUGUUUGCUGUCACAGAGCACUGGCUAUAAGCAUAAAGUUAAGAAGGUACGACUGUAUGCAUAUGGGAUAGUAGGUGAACUGGUUAUCCAUAAAGGUGCUGGGAGCAUGCGGCUGUGUGAUAGCAGAUUUGGUGGAUGACUAGCUGCGUGCAUACCAGCACAGUGAACUGACUGCAUGGUCACAAGUACAGAGCAAAUUGGCUACAUUUAACAAAUGUAAAGGAGAACUGGAUAUCUCCUAAAAGCUGGAUGGACAUAAUGCUGUGUGUUUACAGGUGCAGAGGAGGGAUUGUCUGUGUGUGCUCACAGAAUGGAUAUGUGUGCGUGUGUCGUUAUAUGUACUAUAUUUAUUGCUUACCUCCUCAUUAUGUCACUAUACUGUGAUUUGUAUUACAGAUGGAAGAAUCAAUGACAGAAUAAAGCUGGACUUAGAUCUCACAGAAAGGAGUGGUUUAUGCAACCACACAUUAAACGUCUUGCAUAAGUGAGAUUCUGACAAUCUCUGGCACAAGAAGAGUUAAUUCGGAGAAGCUGGUCAGGUCACUGACAGUACAAGACAGGAGAUGUUAAAAGUGAAAUUUCUAUCCAGUGAACAGUGUGUGUGUCUCAGUGGAAAACCAUCUCGACCACAGAGCUUACAAUCUUAAUUAUACAAUACUCUGUCCCACAGAGCUUAUAAUCUAUUUAUAGGAGAUCCUAUUCCACUGAGCUUACAUUCCACUUAUAGGAGACUCGUUCCCACUCAGAUUACAUACUAGAACAAAAUGUGAGAUUGAAUACUACAGAGCUAACACUUCAGCAUGCAAUGGGAAACCUCAGGCCACAGAGCUUACACCCUAGUGAUAGAAUUGGUGUCUUCCCCCAAAGAGCUUCAUUUCAAAGUGCCAAUGCAACAAUAUAUUGGUUUUCCCAAUUAAUGUCAAAUGUCAAUGUGCCAAGAAGAAUCUGGAAGAUUGUGUUAAACACCACCUCGCUGCAGCCACUUCCUGUACUUGUGAGAGCUCACUGAAGAAGCUGCAAACCCUCCAUGUGAAAAGAUUAAUUAUCCAUGAGGGCAUAUAUUCUCAACCUAUGAUUGUUGUAUUUAAUUGUUACAAAUAGUCCACAUCAAGGUUGCUGUGACCCAUUAGGUAAGUUUUAUGGUCUGUCAUAUUACUGUGAAAGAUAUAUUAUACCAUAAAUCGUUCGCACAUAUUAAACCAAGAGUUUCUCCUUUCCAAUGUUGUCAUUAAGUUUUACCACGUAGCCAGUAAUUGCUUAAAGGACCACUAUAGUACCAGGAAAACAUACUUGUUUUCCUGGCUCUAUAGGUCCCCCCUCCCGCCGGGCUCUAGGGGGUGGAAGGGGUUAAAUUUACCUCUUUCUCCAGCGCCGGGCGGGGGACUCUCCUCCUCCUUCUCGUCAUCGGCUGAAUGCGCAUGCACGGCAUGCCAUUUAGGAGUAGAGUGACUUUUGUUUAUG